UAAAAACCUGGCAGGUGGCAGUAGCCUCAAUGCAGACGAAUUCAAAUUUUUUUCCUUUAAUUUUCAGAAGUAGAAGAAGUUGAAUUGAAACAACAAGAUGUUCAAUAAACCCUUUCGUGUCAAGUCAAAUACUCCAAUAAAAGGAUCGGAAAGGAAGAAAUUAAAAGCAGAGCUUCAGAAAUGUUAUCCUACUAUAACGGAAGAAGAUCUAGUGCUAGCAAUCCCUAACAAAGAGGAGAUGUCUGUAAUGAAGAUUGAAACUCAUGGAGGAGAAGUUGUCACUGCUCAUGUGGUUGGCAAAAAGCCAAUCGUUUUUCAUAUCAGAGAUAAACUUUAUCCCACAGUGUAUUUAUUGUGGAUACUUCCCAAUAAGCUUGUCCACUACUUCACAACCUGGAAUGAGGUUGUUCCAAAAUUCAGCAAUGGAGCUGAUCUUAUGUUACCUGGAAUUAUUAUCAAAGAAGAACUGGGACUCAGAGCUUAUGGAAGGUUGAAUAAAGGUGUCACAGUUGCCAUUAACAGCAACACAAAUUCAGCAGCCGUUGCUGUAGGGAACACAGCUCUCUCAAGUGAAGAUAUGUACAUGGCUGGAAGAAGAGGUAGAGGUGUUGAGAUACUGCACUGCAUUGGUGACUUUCUCUGGCAAGUUGGAACAAAAGAAUCUCCUCCUGAUCUGGGGCCUCCAGGAUGUCAGUCUGAUGCUGAUAGAAAAGAAAUUCCUCCACAAGAGGCAACUGCUAGUACUGAAGAACAAACUGAAACAUCAGAAACGAAACAACCAGACGCACCCGACGCAAACCACGAAUCCUUGUCAGAGGCUAAAGAAUCUACAGAAGCUGUAGUUGAGCAAAAAAAUCCCCAAGAAACUAUGGAUGACCUGCUCAAUUACUGCUUUUUCAAAGCACUUAAAACCACUGCUAAGAAGAUUGAGCUUCCAGUGCUUACUAGUAAUUUCUACCGAUUGCAUAUUGUACCAUCCUGUCCGUCGGAAAAGACACUCGAUAUCAAGAAGUCUUCGUACAAGAAACUUUCUAAGUUCUUAGAUGUUCUGACGAAGGAGGGCGUCAUUGAAGUAAAAGAAUUCACUAAAGGCGUUGAAAGCAUUUCCGCUAUCCGAUACGAUCACGAGAGGGUUCGCAGUUUCCGUGUCGAUAUCAAUGACAAACAAGAUCAUCAACCUGUAUUGGAGAAGGUUGGUGAAAUGGAAAAGUAUCUUCCGCCAGUUAUAACUCGGAUGUAUGCGGUCAACGCCGUUUGUUUGCCACUUUUCACCGGAACUUACCGGAAGGGAUCAAAUUUGACAACACAGCAAAUCCGUCAAUACUUAACGGAAUAUGUCCGAGCAAACCAAUUGCAAAGUGCAACCAAUCCAAGUCAAGUGACAUUAGAUCCGAUUUUAAGCGAUGUCGUGCUUAAAAAGGGCGAAGUAGUUCCUUCACUAAGCUGGGAAGAAUUAAUGAACCGAAUUCUGACGAAACUUUCGACAGUUUAUGAGAUGAUUUUCCCUCACCAGACAGCUCCCGUCAUUGUAAAAGGAGAAUUGGAGCCUGUGGAGAUAACUACGGCAUCGAGAGCGGGUAAUAAAAAAGUUACUCUGAUCUCUGGUCUAGAGACGUACAGGAUUGACUUAGAUGAAUUUGCUCACAGGUGCCAAGUGGGUGUGGCUGCCAGCACUACAAUAACCAACUCCCCAGCCAAAAAGGGUCAAGUAGUAUUGGUGCAGGGUAAUCAAAUUGGUUUUGUCGGAAACCUCCUUAUUGACGAAUAUGGAAUUCCCAAGCAAUUCAUCCAAGGUUUCGACUUGAAGAAAGCCAAAAGUAAAAAAUGAUGGUCUGAAAAAUUGUAUAUGAGAAUGAACUCAAUAAAAACAGAAUUAAUACCUUG